AUGGACGACGUCCUGCUGGCACUCCCUCUCAUCGCAAUUCUCGCCCAAUACCUCGUCGUGGCCUCUCGGGCCAUCACCAAACCAAGUACGAGCUUCAACUUUAGCGCGCAAUCCGAUACGGACUGCGUGUACAAGUUCCGAUUUACCAAGCAGCAGAUCGUCGAGCUCGUGCGCUCGCUGUAUUUGCCCGACGGAAUCAUCACGACGCACCGCUACAAAGCCGAUCCGUUGGAGGCGAUCUGUAUCAUGCUCAGCCGGCUCGCGUUGCCGCAUCGGCUUGGCUCCAUGGUCGAGACGUUUGGACGCAGCAGCGAGGCCUCGUCCGCGAUCAGCAACCACGUAAUGAUGCACGUGUACGAACGACUUCUUCCAUCACUUGCUCGAGUGGGACAAAGCUCGACUUGA